CACUCACAUACACACAGUCUCUGUCUCCCGCUGAAUCCCACCUCCGAUUUUCCACUAUCGUGGAUCGCAUGCUUUAUUGCCGCUCCACUCUUUGCGGGAAUUGAGUUUUUUUAGUCCCCCCCCCCCACCCCCGAUAAAAGUAACUGUCAGUGACACGGGGAGACUACAGAUCGGACCCGCUCCCGUCUGCAUAAGCGCUGAGGGUGAACUGUGCCGAGGGGGACAGUGAGCAUAAUCGGCGUUUGUGCGGAGAUCCAGCGGACCGGCUGGGUAUGUGGUGUGCCGUGCGCAAUCGGCACCGAAUCCACGGAACCACUAGCGGAUCUGCGGGACCGGAGAAGCGGCUGUGAGCGGACCGGCCCCGCAACAAAAUAUUAUUAUAAGGGUGGGAAAAAUCGAGCGCAGAGCCGGACGCAGCGACGCUGUCAUUCCGGCGAGGAUGCAUCUUUUUAGUGCCAUCUUUCUGCUACUGAUGUUAGCGCUACUGCCCUGCGAGGCACUGUUCCCGAGUCCGGAGGAGGGCUGGCAGAUCCACAGCUCAGCCCAGGAUGCCGAUGGGAAGUGCAUCUGCACCGUGGUGGCACCAGCCCAGAACAUGUGCAACCGAGACCCACGGAGCAAGCAGCUGCGGCAGCUGAUGGAGAAGGUCCAGAACAUCACGCAGUCGAUGGAGGUCCUGGAUUUGAGAACAUACAGGGACCUGCAGUAUGUUAGGAACAUGGAGUCACUCAUGAAGGUGGUAGACGGCAAGCUGAAGACGGCCUCCGAAAAUCCUCGAUCUCUCAACCCCAAGAAUUUUCAGGAACUAAAGGACAAGGUGACUCAGCUGCUCCCCCUGCUGCCUGUGCUGGAGCAGUACAAGGCGGACGCACGCAUGAUCGUCCUGUUGAAAGAGGAGGUGCGGAACUUGACGCUGGUGCUGAUGGCUAUUCAGGAGGAGAUGGGGGCCUACGACUACGAGGAGCUGCGGCAACGGGUGCUGCUGCUGGAGAGCAGGCUGCAGUCCUGCAUGCAGAAACUGGGCUGUGGAAAACUGACGGGCGUGAGUAACCCAAUUACCAUCCGUGCCUCGGGGUCCCGGUUUGGCUCCUGGAUGACUGACACAAUGAUCCCCAGCUCGGACAGCAGGGUAUGGUCUAUGGAUGGCUACUACAAGGGUCGUCGUGUACUGGAGUAUCGCACGCUCAGCGACUUCAUCAAGGGCCAGAACUUCGUCCAGCACCUCCUGCCACACCCCUGGGCAGGCACGGGCCACGUGGUCUACAACGGCUCACUGUACUACAACAAGUAUCAGAGUAACAUCAUCAUCAAGUACCACUUCCGCUCACGCAGUGUGUUGGUCCAGCGGAGCUUGGGUGGCGCCGGGUACAACAACACCUUCCCGUACUCCUGGGGCGGCUCCUCGGACAUCGACCUGAUGGCCGACGAGAGUGGCUUGUGGGCCGUCUACACCACCAUCCCCAACGCGGGCAACAUCGUCAUCAGCCGCCUAGAGCCCCAGAGCUUGGAGGUUCUCCGAAGCUGGGACACGGGGUUCCCCAAGCGCAGCGCCGGCGAGGCCUUCAUGAUCUGCGGCACCCUCUACGUCACCAACUCCCACCUGGCCGGCGCCAAGAUCUACUUCGCCUACUACACCAACUCCUCCACCUACGAGUACACAGACAUCCCCUUCCACAACCAGUAUUCCCACAUCUCCAUGCUGGACUACAACCCGCGUGAGCGGGUUCUCUACACCUGGAACAACGGGCACCAGGUUCUGUACAACAUCACGCUGUUCCACGUCAUCAACACCUCAGGGGACUAGCGCUGGCUGCCAGGGGCAGCAGGAAUGAAACACAAAUGAGAAACGAAUCAUAAACGUGUAGGGAACUCCAGACGUCUGCAAAAGACUUUUUCUAACAUUUAAAGUCUUCAUAGAGUGCUAUUAUAUACAGACAGAAACAAAACGCAUCAACAGCAAGGCCAAUAAAGAGAUACAGUUCUUUUCUUUUUCUCUGUGUGACGAUACGCAUGGUAAUUUUCUUUGUGAACGGAAAUAAAUAUCAGCCUUUGCCAUUUUA